AGAAUACUAUGGAGCUAAAUACUAAUUUUGGAAUGAAGAGUGUGUGUUUGUUUUAAAAAGAUAUCAAUGCAUGAAGUCAAAGCUUUGAUAUUGCAAUGGGGUGAUAAAUUUAUUAAUCAAUCCAUCUUAAUUAUUUUUUAAGGAAUCGGGUCAUUUUCAAGAAUAAAGUUGAAUAGUCUUUGAUUCUAUUACAUGGGAUUCCGGGUGAGACAUUAUUCCCAGCAUGCUAUGCUUUUCGGAUUUUGUAUGAAUUUUGUAAAGAGAUUAGAUCAUUUUUCAUCUAGGGUUGCAAAACCAGGUAUAUUUUUAAUAACUUUGAGCCUGAAUAAUAUCUUUAAAGAGACACCUGCUACAAUGUAUUUUUUGGUGGCGACAAAUCUUUAUUUUCAAUUAUGUCUGAAGCAUAAUUAUUUUUUAAGACUUUUCUGGGGCAAUUUGUUUUCUUUCGAUAAAAUCGGGUGGUCAGACUCGGUGACUUGGUGGAUGGAGCUGCAUCGUACCCCUAUGAAAUGGAUCGUUGCUCAUGGUAUCAAUCACUGGGUUUUUUCUGGUCAAGAUGCGAUAAUUUACAGGCCGUCGUGCUUUAUCAACAUUUUCAAGGCAUCGUCUCUGAAUACCAUCAUGACGGCAUUCAACAUCAGCCAACCAAAUGAUUCAGUAUCAAAGGAGGACCUCUUGUGGGAGGAAAACGAAAACAUGGCAAAGACUCUAAUCCCUGCCAUGGCAUUUGUAGGAUUUAUAAUGGUGACUGGAUUCUUUGGGAACAUUUUAGUGUGCUACAUAUUCACAAAAAAGAUCCCUUUGUCUGUCAAUACGUUUCUUCUCGUCUUCCUCGCGGCACUGGACUUGGUGAACUGCACAUUGGCCAUGCCCUUCGAAAUCAUGGACAUGCGCUAUUUUUACCUUUUUGAGAGUGAAGUAACAUGUAAAAUAUUUCGCUUUAUUGUAGCAUUUCCCAACAUCGACUCAGCCUUUGUGUUGCUGAUCAUUACAAUAGACAGAUACAAACGGGUGUGUAAGCCCAUGUCAAAUCAAAUGACAUUUAGGGACUCCAGGAAGUAUGUUACCAUAGCAACUGCUGCUGCAAUCUUUUUUUCUUUACCAGCUGUGUUAAUAUAUGGAAAACGAACAGUGAAAACAAGUAUAGAUGGACUGUAUGGACACGAUUGUACAACAAGUGACAAUAUGAAGGGUUCAAUAUUCCCCUUUAUUUACCAGAUAUUUGGAGGAAGUGUCAUGUUACUUAUAUCUGUGGCUAUAUGCUAUAUGUAUAUCCACGUUUGGAGAGAAAUACGGAAACAUAAAAAGAACACCUGUAACAACACACAAUUUGUUCUCCAUGAAAAUUCAAAGAGAGGAAAUAUUUCAAGCACCAAUUCCGAUUUUCAAGAUGAAGAAGUACCAGAUGUAGGAAACCCAAAGCACAAAUCAAUCCGGGGUAAACGCAUAACCGUCAUUGCUUUUACGGUGACCUUUGCCUUCAUACUGAGUUAUCUCCCCUUUGCUGUAAUCAUGGCGGUGCGCAGUUUUCUACCUUUGACAUUUCAUCCUAAUGGGGUAUGGUUUGUGACGUACAACAUCCUAAUUCGGUCGUACUUCAUCAGUUCAGCGAUUAACCCUUCGGUGUUCGGAUUCAUGAGCCUAAGGUUUCGACAAGAGUGUUUUAAUGUCGGUAUUUUCAAAUGUUUUUGGAAAAGACGAUAGUGUUACGUUUAAUGCCUUACAAUAAAUUUCUGGAAGACCAUA